AUGAAGUUGCUCGCCAUGCUUGCCCUCCUGUCGCUCGCGGCGGCUCUCCCGCUCGACGAGGGCGACAAGCUCGCCCCUCGCGCCGAGAAGAAGGUGUGUGGCGAAUUCCAGCGGUCGUGCUGCAACGGCUACUACUGCGCCAACUCGCUGGAACCUUGUCCGGAUCCAUUCCUCUGCGACCUCCUCUCGAGGGUGCAGCCAUGCAAGCCUGGUAUCAAGCCCUGCUGCAAUGGCUUCUGCCCCAAGAACGACGACCCAAAGAACUGCCCACUGGCCUGCGUUCCGAAGCACAUUGAGCCGCCUCCUCCGGUCAACUAG